AUGAAGUCCACCCUCGCCGUCCUUUUCGCUGUCAUUGGCGGCUCUUUUGCCAUGCCUACCGAGGUCAUCUUAGUGGAUACCUCGAAGGGCGCCGAGGUCCAGCGCCAGCAAGUCGAGCCACAACCGGCCCAUCUUGACGCCAUCAACGUACAGGUCUAUCUCAGCGGAGGCGCUGCUACUAUGCAGUGUGAUGUUGGUGUUGUUGGCUACGGCUUCGCCGCCAAGAGCUUCCACCUGCCCUUCAUCACGGCCGACAAGGAUUACGAAGUCAUCGCCAUCUUGCAGAGAGCCGAAGCCCCGAAGGACAUUUCUUCAGCGCCUGCCGGUUCUCACUGCAAGGUCGACUUCCCCAACAUCAGACAUUACCGCACCGCCGAGGAUUUCUUCGCCGACGCCGACAUCCAGCUUGUUGUUGUUGCUACUCACACUGAUACACACGCAUCGUUUGCUGAGAAGGCGUUGUUGGCUGGAAAGCAUGCCAUUGCCGACAAGCCUUUCGCGAGAUCAUCCGAAGAAGCAGACCGUGUUAUCAAGAUUGCCAACGAGAAGGGACUGAUCUUGACUUGCUUCCAAAACCGCAGAUGGGAUGGCGAUUUCCAAACACUGCGAAAGCUGGUGAAGGCGGAUGCUCUUGGUGACAUCAAGGAAGCUGAGAUUCACUAUGACUUUGAGUCGCCACCAUGGCUCAGCAUGAUGAACAAGAAGGAGUACACCCCCGGUGAUGGAAUGGCUUUUGGUCUUGGAACACACAGCAUUGAUCAGGCAGUGACAUUGUUCGGCCGACCCAAGUCCGUGACUGGCUUUUUCAGAGCUCAGCGCGGCAUUGACAGCGAGGUCGAGGACUCUUUCACCAUUGUCCUUCAGUACGACGGUGCGCAGAAGGACCUUCUCGUCACGGUCAAGACGUCGGUCACAACGCCUUUGUCUCAGCAACUGAAGCAUCUGGUCCGUGGAACCAAGGGCUCGUGGAUCAAGUUCCAACAGAGAAGCACCUGCCCCCAGGAAGAGCAAAUCGCGGAAGGUCGCAGCCCGCUCGAGCCGGGAUUCGGCGAAGAGCCCGCUGAACUGCGCGGCACUCUGACAACUUACAAGGAGUUUGAUGGGAGCGUCCAGAAGUUCGACGAGGCGACCAAGAAGUACGUCGGAAAGUACCCGAGCAUCACCGGUCGCUGGCUGGGCAUUUACGAGAACUUGGCCGAUGCCAUCAACGGCAAGGCCGAGCUCGAGGUGAAGGCUACGCAGUCGCGGGAUGCGAUCAGGAUCAUUGAGCUGGCGAGAGAGUCUCACAACACCGGGGCAACUGUCGCUUGGAAGUAA